AUGGCAUACAACAGACCUGAUGCCUCAACGGCAUUCACCUUUGACAACGAUGACCGCUUUGUCAACCAACAACCCAAAGGCCCCGAUCCAUUAUCGGCCAAUUGGAGUUAUGACAGCGCUAUCGAUCUGUUUUCGCUGAACACCAUGCUUCCUGAGACCUUCCCUCUCGAUAUCCCCAAUGAUAUGCUGCUCGAUCCCAAGGAUUUCCCUGUGGAUCUGUUCGCUCCCCCGGCAGAUAUCAGCGGAUUUGCAAUCUCUCACUCUGGCGAGGACUCUCUCUCAUCGGAUCUGGAAAGUGACGAUCAGCCGUGGUCUCCCGCCUGCCGUGUCUCAUCACUCGACUCGGCCACGAUAGACGCUCCCACUGUCUCGCCACGCACAACUGAAAAGCCAACAACUCGCCGCAGGACAGCCACCCAAAAACGCGAACAAGCUACCCGCUGGUCCUCCAGCCCUGAAAUGACUCCGCAAGAAUACCCCGUCACAUCACAGGCCACCAACUCUCCCGCUCCUGCACCAGUCUCUCCCCCUGCGGCCUCAACAUCCCGCAAGAACACGCGCAGUCUCUCCAGUGACUCGCAAACAGCAACGGGCCGCAACGCCGCCAAGCGUGCUGCCCACAACAUCAUUGAAAAGCGGUACCGCACCAACAUGAACGCCAAGUUUGUCGCCCUGGAAAAAGCCAUGUCCGGCAGCGGGGUCCAGAAACCCACCAAGGGCGGGUCGGGGCCCGCCUCGCUGAAGAAGUCGGAGAUCCUGACCAAUGCCAUUGCAUACAUGCAGGAGCUGCAGGACGAGAACGCCGCGCUGCAGAAGGAGCUGGCGCUUCUGAAACAGAAUCUGCUCCCGGGCGGGCUGUGGCGACACAACAAGGAGAGUGAGAAGUUUCGCACAUAG